GCGAUUUGAGCAUAGAAAUAGUAGUUUUAGUAUUUUACGUAUAUAUGAAUAUUGGGCAAUUAGAUAUUGCUGCUAGCCGUUUGGUAGAAAGAUGUCAGUUGGUUAGGAUCGUGACAUACGAAGAGGUGAAAAGCCGUGAUUCGGUUCAAGCGAAAAAGGACGUAUUGAUGAUUGGGGUGUACCUCUUUAAACACAUACUAUUGAUGGUCAAAGGCUACUGCUAUUAA